CCUCCUUAAAUUUUAAGCUGGAAAAUAUUUAUGCUGGCAGAACUGAUUGUUCAUACAUUGACAUUGACAGAUGCACUGCUGACUGAUUAUGAUCAAUAUGAUAAUGGGAGACAUAUUUUUCUUUGUUUAUUAUGAUCGUUCUAAUUACAGUUAAAUAAGAUAUUUUCCGAGAAAUUUCCUUCUAAAAUACAAGCAAUUUUAGAUUAUCAUAAGAUCUGUUUUCAAUAAUGUUUCGACAUCUUUUAAUAAUGUCAGGACUAAGCUCCAGCUGUUCAAGAGAUUGUUCAGGUAGAGGAGAAUGUUACAAUGGUACUUGUAUGUGCGACAUAAGAUUUACUGGAGAUCUGUGUGAUGGACCUAAUUUACCAUACCACACUGGUAUAGGGAGUGUAUUUUUUUUCAUAAGUCUGGUGUGUGCUAUUCAACUAAUAACAUGCAUCCUGUCUGAAUAUAUGAGAUUGAAAGCACCAAGUGUUUUAAAAGCAUGCAGAGUGACGACCCAGAAAUUAAUCUAUUUUGUCAUAUUUUUGGCAAGCUUGAUAAGGGGAGCCUAUUUUAUAUUUCCUGAAUUGUUUGAAUAUGGUUGGUCGAACAGUUUGUUAUCGUCAUACUAUCCUCUAUUGAUGUCGAGUGCUUCACUAAUUGUGUGCUUUUGGGCAGAGGUAUUCCAUCUUCCUGGAAUACGUUGGGAUCGCCCGCAGUUUCUUUCAAAGUCAUUUCUUGCCUUUGUUACUUUCAAUAUAAUCAGUUACAGUCUUUUAUUUGCCGAAUUUGUGACAACUCAACUUGCCGAACCACCUACAGAUGAUCCUGGAUUUUAUCAUCAUCUAUUUAAUGGUUGCUACGCUGUGCUAAUGUUCAUUGUAGUUAUUUUCUUCCUUAUUUAUGGGGUCGAAGUUUAUUUUAAAGUUCGCGGAGGUUUCGUUGCAAAACCUUUACAGCUUGCCAGCAAUUCUUUAGAAACCGAACCUUUGAAGGAUGAAGCGUUUGUGAAAACGCAGAUUAAUUUAUCCCAAUUACAUCAAUCACGAAUUGGGUUACUGAGCCAAGCGUUAAUGUUGAUUGUCAUAUCCGGAUUCCUAUUCUCGGAAACCCUAUCGGAAUUUUGGAAAACUAAAGUACCGAUAAAUUCAAGAAAUUUACAUAACGUCGUAUUUCGCGUAGUCGAAAUUGGCGUCGCCAUAUGGUUUCCGGCAGUUUUGUGGAAUUGCAUGCAACCAUCGGAAUUAUGGAUACUAAAUCCGCGGAAACUGCUGGCAAGUAAACUCGAUCAGACGAAAAAUGACAACGUUUUAGAACAGAACGUAAAAUCCGAAGUAGACGAUGAAGCGUUUUUGGAUAGAAGAGAAUGUUGGAUAUGUUAUGACGCAGAUAAACAGGAACCGCUUAUACAACCUUGCGAUUGCACCGGAGAUGUUUCUAGCGUCCAUCACGAAUGUCUCAGAAGAUGGUUAAUGGAGAGUUCUUCGUCUAGUAACGAACCUUUAAAAUGCAAAGUUUGUAAAUACGAGUACGACAUCUGUAAAAGCAGUGAAGUAAAAUGGGAUAAAGGUUUUACGGCUCAACAUUGGGGUAGUACCGUUUGUAUUGUAACAUGUAUGUGCCUUGCUGUGGCCGGCGCUUGGAUAAGUAUCCAGUUAUAUGCUAAUCCAUACAUCAGAAUGGUGAGUGCAAGUCUUGCACUGAUGGUAAUUUAUGUAUGUAUCAGGUUUUUGGGCCAGAACACAUUAAGUGCAUACCAGCGUGCCAAAGUUGCUGCCCUGAGUAUCGGAAAUCAUGUCACUACUAUCAGUGGUAAUGUUAAUCAUGAUUCGGAGGAACCGCAACAGGCACAAGCUACUCUUUAAGAAAUUGAGAUGUUAAACAUUCCAAAAUAUACUCAAAAAAUUCGAGAGUAUUAAAGACAAAGCUACAGAUUCUGUUUAUUCAACGCAAAAUUACCAAAUUUUGUUAUUUGCUUUAGUUUUCGGUGAUCAUGAAAGUAUUACAAAUUUAUGGAAUGAAAGUCAUGUGGAAUUUUGCCUGAAAACAAUUUUGAUAUCUUUCUUCUUUUGUUUUACGGCAUAUCAGCUUUUUCUCUAUAUUUUUGACAUAUUUCACAUGACUUUUCACAUUUUGAUGCAGUAGUAAACAUUUUAUUUUCUCGAGAAAGUUUAAAAGUGUAAAUAACCGAUAUUUUCUUACAAUUCAAAGAUUUUAUGUAGCUACUCGCUUUACGUAGUGGUUUGAACCAUUUAUUAGAAACUUUUGUGAUAAAAGUAUAUGUAUUAUAGUGUAUAUUCCUGUUCUAAUAUAUAAUUCCUUUUGUUAGAAAUAUUAUUUUACGUUUACUAUUAUGUUAACUUUUGUUUAAAAAAUAAGUUUGAGUACCUGAUUUGAAAAAAAGGCGUUUGUUUAUAUCAAUCGGCAACAAUUGAAGCGAUUAUUGUAUAAAAGUCGAACAUUGAGGGAGAUGAGAAAAAAUUCAACUUACAGAGUUUUCGACUUAUACGGAUUCUAGAUCAAGAGGUUGAGAUUCAUUCUAAUAAAUGUUCAAUUAGAGAGGUCGAUUAAGGAAAAAUUAAAGCAGCAUGAUUAUCUUGAAUCAACAUUGGUUCAAAAGUUUUCAAAAUAAAAAUAUGGUAUUAAAAACAAUCAGGCAUUUUUUUGCUUUAGAUAAGCAAGCCUGAGUGCCCAGGCAUCAAAACUAACUGGACUUUGUAUCCAUCAUUCUCCAGCUUAUGUAGAAUAUUUUUGAAUUCUAGUAUAAACACCAGUUUGGACAUUUUGGCUUCUAUAGCAGCUCUGUUAGACAGUUUGUCUCUAUGGCGCCAUCUACAUCUUAGAAGAUGAUGGCGUCUUUCCCAAGAGAAAAAAAACUGCUUAUUAUAGGGCGUCUUCCAUAGAAGCGGAGUUGAGUUGAUUGUUCAUUAGAACUUUAGAAAUGUACUGUAACAAUCUUACAUGAAAGUUAACAAGUACCACUGCAUAUUUGUUUAUUCUUUGGUGUAUUUUUAGGUUUCUAUGAUAGUUUCCUUAUUGGUUAUGAGACUUCAUAGUAACGUAUUUGACUUAAGAAUGCCUCAAAAAUUGUUAUUAAUAUGAAUCUAGAUUUUUGAAAUUAUUUCAAUAAAUCUCGUUAUAAAAUGAUGCCAAUUAUCAGAAAUAACAAUUGUACUUACAUUAUUUAAUUUUUUGGUUUGUUUCAUAUCAAAUAGGCCUAGAAGAAAAUUUCCAAAAAGAAUUUCUGCCUUUUAAAAUCCCAUAUACAUUCUUUCUAAUUCAAUUUUAAUGCUAAAAAUAGGCCUCCACUAGUUAGUUUCAGGAUGUAUCUGGGGCGUCGAGUACGUUAUAUACAAUAAUUGUUAUAAAAAAUUGAAUAUUUGAAUUUUGAGGAAAGAUAUGGGACCUAUGUGCUAAAAACAAAGUAUUUCAGCCAAUUAUUUUGGUGGAAACAAUAAAAAAUGAUUGAAAUUAUUUUGAAGUUAUGUCCGAAUGGUUUCACAUUUCGAAAAUAUUAUUAGACUGUAGAUUACAUUGUAAUUGUGAAAAAUUACUUUUAAAAUAGUUUAAACAAAAAAUCUUAGAGAUUUGCCACUUUAUCUGUGCAGAAAUGUUAAUUGAAGGUGCUACUUUACAUAAAAUCGAAGCUGUCUCAUAGCAGGAAACUUUCUUUAGUAGAAUAUUUAAAUACCUAUAUAAAGUAUUUUAAAAAAGAAUUGAUAAAACCUUAUUAAUGGGUAGUAUAUACAUUUUAUAUUUUUUUAACAAUCAUAUCGUGAGCCAUUAUCGAGUGUGUCCACCAAUAAAUUUUUUAAAAAUAAAAAAAAUUGUUGUCGACUAAUUUCUUAAAAAUAGCUCUAGAUCAAACGAUGGCUAGACCUUUAUUAUUUCUUAAAAUUUCUUUGUGUAUGUCUCCAACAAAGACCAGUGGUUCUAGAAUUUGGAUUGUGGUACAGGUAGUAAAUUCGUUACAACUACUCUUAACCUAACAGAAUAUUGUAAUGUUUUUCUUAUUUAUCUAAACUAUUUCUAAAGGUGGGGUGAAUUCCUAGGUACACACCGUCUCUUACUUCCUUGAAUCAUUUAUACACUUACACUAGACACUAUUUAUAAUAACUAAUAACUACAUAUUUUCCUGAAUCAUUUCCAAGAUCUUUCCAGGAUAAAUCUUUUACUCAAAUAAAAAGUUUCCGAUUUUAAAUUCAUCUUUACAUCCAGUUCUCAUAUUGUCUUAUGUGUCUUGGUUUUCACUUUCAAUUUCUCUCGAGUCCUGUUCUUCCUCCUCCUAAAACAUGAAGAUAUAUUUUUCCGAACAAUAAUAGAAAUCGCAACUGGUUGUUUUUUAAUGUUGCUGAUUGAAAUACUUCUUCCAGCUAUUACACUGACUUUUUUUGUUUGUUCUCUUGGGCCGGCGAAUUAUCUUUCUUCGAUUAGGUCAAUGACGGAGGCACUGACAUUUAAUUGGACGUUAGGUACGAGAUUUUCAUUUGAUGGUAUUCGCUCCAAGAUUUUCACUUUGUUAACUUGUUAAUCAGAGUUUUCUUUCUAAUUACGCAACAUACACUAUAACCUGUCAAUACGUCACACCCGGAGAACAUAUUCUAUAUUACUAUUUUUUAAAUUUAUAAUUAAAAAAUAUGAAAUAAACCUAUAUUUUAUAAAAUGCAAUGGAAAAAAAUAAAUACCAAAAAAAAAACAAUAACAGCAGAAGUGAAUUGAAUUUAAAUAUUAUUAAAUUCACAAACAAUGACAAUAUAUCUAUACUGGUAUAUUAUUUGGAUAUACAUUAAUGAAUAAAAAAAUGCAAAAACAAUUACGGAUGGGUGUUCACAAUAUUGUUAUUAACUAUUUUUUCUACACUCUAUCAAAAAGUGUAAUCAAUCCAAAGACUAUCCUUUUUGUAUAAAAUAUGUGCGUUUAGGCCGCACAUAUCAAGAAAUCGUAGAAAAUUUUUUUAACUUAUUGCGUACAGCUGUGUAGGCCACCAUAACACCAUCUCCCAAAUCUACACCUCCUAUUUUCUCGUUGUAAUCCAGGACAACGUUAGGUUUUUCCUGUCUUCUUCUCUUUUCUGUCAUUAUCCUUUCGUCAUUAUGAAUAGAACUGAGCAUCAAUACGUCUUUCUUUUCCUCCAACUAUAAAAAUUAUCUAAUAGUUAGCUCGUAAACAAUAGAUGUUUUGGACGUAUUGGCCUUCGUUUAGAAAUAACUUCAUGCCAAAUCUAGCUCGUUUCGUUGCUAUAUAUUGUUUCAAUAUAAAUCCCUUUUCCACAAUAAAAGAUGAUAUGAUGGUGACAAAUUAUUAUUUAUGAUUGGAUAAAUUUUGUACUUUUUUCUACGAGAUGCUUCAGGAUCAAAACUUAGAUUGUCUCCAAAGUAAAAAAACUUACACACAAUAAUUCAAAUCUGUUUUCGCUUAUAAUUUCAUAAAAAAAGGUUAUUUCAAUAAUUCUUCUUCUAGAAAAAUAUAACUCUAAAGUUGGUUGCCCAAUUUUCGCUUGUGAAAUUAGGACCCUCAAAAAUAUUUUCAUCUCAGCUUCAUUUGUAUUUUUCUAUUUUCUAAGUCUCGAACGUGGUUUCAAUUACGGAUUAUUGGCAAAAAAUUAGGCGGCGUACAAAUUAGUUUGUUCUGUAAUUAAUUUUUCUAGAUAAAAUAAGGAACUUUUUUCAGGGGUGUAUUGAAUGUUUUUCUGGAUGUGCUCUGAAGGGUAAUGCUGGUCUUUCUGCAUUUGAAGCAUCCAUUUUUUAGAAACAAUGUUAUUGGUAGCACCUUCUUCAUCAACUUCUUCAUCAAACAAAGGUUCAGAGGAUGUAUACUUAGAUGGGAAGAAAGGUUGUCACCAAUAAAUAAAAUACUAGGAUUGAUCACAUAUCUAAAUAAAUUUAUUUCGAUAAUGUCUGAUCUAACAAAUCCUCUGAGAGAUUUGUUACAUAGAAAUACAGGCUUUAUAUGCGAAAUUCAUCACGAAGAAGCUCUGAACAAAAUAAAACAAGUUCUCCAAAGCCCUCCAGUAUUGAAACUAUAUGAUGUACACAUUAAGCGUAGACGCAAGUUCAAAAAACCUUGGCGCUGCUAUUCUUCAAUAAGCACGACCAAUAGUCUAUGAAGCAAGACCGUUAACCAAAAAAAUAUACAAUCUGCACCACCGAGAUUACAACGCAUAAUAUUUAAUCUUGUACCAUACGCACCAAAAGUCAUAUUUUCUCAGUCGAGACUGCGAUGCAUCUAAUCUGAAAUGAACAAGAAGAAAAUUUGAAACUUGCGUAAUACUACCUAUGUCAUUUGACGCAAAAGAGUAGUUAAUUACAGCUACAAAGGAAGAUCCACAUUCACAAUUACUACUUCAGACAUUAAUACUAGGAUUCCCAGAAAAGCUCAGUGAACUUUCCACAGAGCACAACAAAUUCUCUACUGGAAGGCACAAUAUAACGACAUCACAAAACUAGAUAAAACCUGCUUUUUCUGUUAACAAAUACAAGAAGGAAAUAUUAACGAUAUAGUGUUAGUUAAAAGGAUACCUACACAUAAGAAUGUCGAUUUUCGGUUAAUCAUUAAACUAUUUCAAGGAAUUUUAAAAGUUAUGAAAUAUUUAGUAAUGGUGACACACUAUAUUAUAAACAUCUAAAAACCAUAUCCUAUAUGACGACAACUUCAUUUUAUUCUAUUUAAGAAAUUAGUAAUAGUUUGGAAUAUAUUAUGUAGAAGUAAACGUUUGAUGCCAAAUUUGGAUAGUUUCUUAAAUCAUUUACAUUAAAUAAAUAUAGAUAGAUGAAAAUUUUGUUUUUAAUA